ACGGAAGACUUUUACGAAAGAAAACACUGCUGCGUUAAGGGAGGACAUUCGUUCAAGACGACGAGGUUUGUUCAUUACGAAGAACGAACCGCUCGACAGAUCACUCCGCCCCACACGACUCCGCUCCUCCGCGCUAUACGACACGACCCGGGUGACAAAGACGAACAAACGACAGACGACAACCAACGACUAGGAGGAUGAUUUCCCUCCGCACAACCUCCUUGACAAUCUCCCUCUCCUCACUCCUUACAAAUGCCCUAACGACCCUUCUCGCCCGUCAAUUACCAGCAGACGAUUAUCUUAUGAGUGAUGCGUUGAGUUGGUAUGCGUGGUUUGCGGUGGGUGUAUCGUGGGUUGGGGUUUGGGGGGCAUGGCGGCGAGACGCAACAAAGCUAUCCUUCUUCUCCGCCUACUACACAAUCGAAACAAUCCUCUCCUUCCUCCUCCGCACAUUCUUCAUCUUGUGCAUCUUCACGUUUCAGCAAGAUCUUUGUACGUUUUUUACGCGGACGCCGAAUACUUUCUCGCCGAUUCAUGAGCAUAUCCCACACGGACCUCCACCAGCGCACCAUCACGCCGCACUCGGGGGUCCCGGAGCAGGGGUUUACGAGGGACAAUUUGGCGGAGUGGUAUUCUUCGACGGCCCCCACCUAACCGAACAAACCUGCCGCAACCUGGUCGAGACCCUUCCCAUCGAAUCCCUCGUCUCCAUCUUCCUCGCGAUUGGAGCCGCGGUACAGGUUUUGGGCGCGGUUGUUGUGCAUCGGUAUGCGAAUGAGUUGUGUACGCGGACGGAGUGGAGGGAACAGAGACGGAGGAGGAGCUCGAGUGUGAGUAAGGAGGUAUGGAGGGUAGAAGAGAUGGAGGAGGGGUUGCCGGCGUAUGAGCCUGCUGCUCCGGCGUAUGAGAGUGAGGAGAAGAGAGGACAGGGGGUCGAGGUGCCGUUGCCGGCGUAUAUGGAUAUCGCUGCGAACGAAGCAGAGGAGCGGGAACAGCAGGAAGAGAGCGUGCAGGAGAGCGUGAGGGUUCGUGGACCGGUUUGUGCCGGGGUUCAUUGUGUUUGGUUUGAGGAGGAUGAUUUGCAUUUCUGAUGGGCACUCCUUGUCAUGGGUGCUUGACGGAUCCGUGAGUGAGUGUACGAUGGAAUUGACAUACGAUGCCUUUUGCUUUGUUUCUCUUUGAGUGUUUCUGCUCGGGCAGUAUGAUUUACUGGUUUGUAUCUUUUGUUUUGUUCGUUUUUCCGGAGUUCGUUCAGCUUGCAGUUGUCUUUGAUGCAUUCAUUUUACGGGUUACAUUAUGAUUAGGGAUGGGUUGGAAGGAUAGGACACGGCUAGGUCAUUUUCAAUGCUUUGCUUUUCUUGAAUAACGUCCCUUCUAUGUGAAAGCGAGCGUGGUAGGCUGUGUGUUCGAUGUGCAAACGACCUUGUUGUCGUU